CCGCCCCUUGCCUUGGAGCGGGACCGGGCCUCUGCCGGUUGGGAUUGGUUCCCAUUGCUGUCAGACUCUCCACCCUAGAGCGUGGUGGCCCUGGGCUGUGCUCUCCCGGCUUCAGUGCUCACUCUGGUACCAGCCUUCAGGGAACGGAGUGAAUUCCUCGGCCUCCUAGCGACGAGAGACGGGUGCGGACUGAGGGAGCGGCGACACAGUCCGCAUAGCUCAGGCGCUAACUGGAGCCCCGGAGCCCGGCCUAAACGGGAGCUGAAGCCCGGAGCUUGGAAGAAUAAGCGGGAAAUGGCGGACGAGGCGCUGUUUUUGCUUCUCCAUAACGAGAUGGUGUCUGGGGUGUACAAGUCCGCGGAGCAGGGGGAGGUGGAAAAUGGACGCUGUAUUACUAAACUGGAAAACAUGGGGUUUCGAGUGGGACAAGGAUUGAUAGAAAGGUUUACAAAAGAUACUGCAAGGUUCAAGGAUGAGUUAGAUAUCAUGAAAUUCAUUUGUAAAGAUUUUUGGACUACAGUAUUUAAGAAACAAAUCGACAAUCUACGGACAAAUCAUCAGGGCAUCUAUGUACUUCAGGACAACAAAUUUCGUCUGCUUACUCAGAUGUCUGCAGGAAAACAGUAUUUAGAACAUGCAUCUAAGUAUUUAGCAUUUACAUGUGGCUUAAUCAGAGGUGGCUUAUCAAACUUGGGGAUAAAAAGUAUUGUAACAGCUGAAGUGUCUUCAAUGCCUGCCUGUAAAUUUCAAGUGAUGAUACAGAAGCUGUAGAACAUACUGAAAUGAAAGUCUUCAUCAGUGUAAAGAGAUAAAUUAUUCAUAUAUAAAGUAUUUCAAGUAGCAAUGAUUUAAUUACACUUUUGGACAUUUGUUUUGAUGUAAGCUAUUUGCUAACUUCUAUAAUGAAAGAUGCACGCUGAAGCAGGUGUACGGUUGUAUUUUAUCAAUUUAACACAGACCAAGUUAAAGCAGGUAAAGAGACAUUCUACCAUAAUGCACACUUUAGUGAGACUAUUAGAAUGAAAACCUGAUUUCAAAUAACUAAAUACCAAGAUAUAGGAUCCUUAUUUUAAAUAUUAUUUGCUCAGAGUGAUGUGUAUUUAACUACAGAUGGAGAAGCAAAACUCAGGGUUUCAUAAAUUAGCAUAAAGAAAAGUAUGCAUCAGUCAGAAUCAUUUGUAAGAAUGAACAAAGUUUGGGUUUGUUUUAUGAAUUUGUCUUAUUUAAGAAAAGUAAACAGUAUGCUAUUAAACUUAAUUUUUAUUUUA